CUAAUAUGACGUGUAAUUGUCAAUAAGCUGUACUCGUCGGCACCUCAUAAUUUCCUAAUAAUAUCAAAAAAGAAGCUCACAAUGAGCUCUUUCAAGCGCGAAAAGAAGGAAGAAGAAGAUGGUGGUGGGAGCCCGUACCAGAGUUUGGAUAAAACAAUCGUGUUGCAGGAAGCGAGACAUUUCAACGAAACCCCUGUGAAUCCACGGAAAUGUUCUCAUAUAUUGUCGAAAAUCCUAUUUUUGCUGAAUCAAGGGGAGAAAUUGUCUACCCAAGAGGCUACAGAUGUAUUUUUUGCGACAACAAAGCUGUUUCAAUCAAAGGAUGUGAUGUUACGUCGUAUGGUAUAUUUAUGUAUUAAGGAGCUGAGUAAGCUAGCUCAAGAUGUGAUAAUAGUGACAUCUUCUUUAACUAAGGACAUGACUGGCAAGGAGGAUUUGUACCGGGCGGCUGCUAUACGAGCUCUGUGCAGCAUAACCGAUAGCACGAUGCUGCAAGCUAUUGAAAGGUACAUGAAACAAGCGAUAGUCGAUAAGAACCCUGCAGUGAGGUCUGCCGCGUUGGUGUCGGCGUUACAUUUGUCGUCUACUGUUCCUGAUUUGGUGCGACGCUGGGCGAAUGAAGCUCAGGAGGCAGUGAAUUCUGACAAUGCAAUGGUUUCCUAUCACGCCUUGGGAAUUUUGGCGAGCACCCGCAGGAACGAUAAACUUUCUACAGUCAAACUUAUUACUCCCCUGACUAAAUAUACGCUUAAAUCUCAAUAUGCUCUAUGCCUAUUAAUUCGUAUGGUAGCACAAUUAAUUGACGAUGAUGAUUCUGAAGCUUCAGCACCGUAUGUAAGGUUCAUACAAUCAUGUUUGGGCCACAAAUCUGAAAUGAUCCUGUAUGAGGCAGCACAUGCAAUUUUAAAUCUUAAGAAGACUCCUAGAGAUUUAGCCUCUUCAGCAGUUUCGGUACUGCAAUUAUUCUGUGGAUCCUCAAAAGCUUCCCUGAGAUUGGCUGGCGCUAGAACAUUAGCGAGACUUACUUCUAAACAUCCAACAGCAGUUGCAGCUUGUGCUGUUGAUUUAGAAAACCUCAUUUCUGAUCCAAACAGAUCGGUUGCUACUUUGGCAGUUACCACACUGUUAGCUACAGGUGCCGAAAGCUCAGUCGACCGUCUCAUGAAGCAGAUUUCUAGUUUCGUCUCAGAGAUUUCUGACGAAUUCAAAAUUGUCGUCGUCAAAGCUAUUCGACGUUUAUGUCAGAAGUUCCCAAGGAAGCAUCAGUCGCUGGCCGCGUUUUUGGCAGGCAUGCUGCGCGAUGAAGGAGGACUUGAAUAUAAAGCCGCGAUCGCAGAUGCAAUAAUUGCUCUUGUAGAAGAAAAUCCGGAUGCUAAGGAAACUGGAUUAGCUCAUUUGUGUGAAUUCAUCGAGGAUUGUGAGCACACAGCUCUGGCUGUUCGUAUCCUUCAUUUACUUGGACGUGAAGGACCAAAAUCCCGCCAACCUUCCCGAUACAUCCGUUUUAUUUACAACAGAGUUAUUUUAGAGUCUGGCCCGGUCCGAGCUGCAGCUGUUUCUGCAGUGGCACAGUUCGGGGCUCAAAGACCCGAAUUGCUACCAAACAUUAGAGUGCUCCUAGCUCGCUGCGAAAUGGACGACGAAGACGAGGUCCGCGAUCGAGCUAUUUACUAUAACGCAAUCCUAGACACGGCAGACCAAGAACUGAUCAAUGAUUAUAUAAUUGACGUUCCAAAACCAAAUCCAGUGUUAUUAGAAAAAGCGUUGCGUGACCAUAUCGCCAAUCAACCGCAAGAACCAUUCGACAUUAUGACGGUUCCGACUGAAGAACAGAAAGAAGCCAAGGAGGAUGUAGCGGAGAUUGAAGUGCGUAAUAAACCCAAACAGAUGUCCCUUGAGGAAAUCUAUAGCGAACAAUUGGCUAAAGUACCUGGCAUCGAAAAACUUGGCCCACUUUUCAAGACGAAUACUCCUGUGGAAUUGACAGAAGCGGAAACCGAAUAUCGCGUACGUUUGCUCAAGCACGUAUUUGUUCGUCACAUUGUCCUGCAAUUUGAAUGCAUCAACACAUUAAGUGACCAAAUUCUGGAACAGGUUCACGUAAGACUAGAAUGCCCGCCAGAUUACGAAGUUAGGUGUAUCCUGCCAUGUGCGAAACUUGUUUACGAUAAACCUGCCAGCGUUUUCGUGGUAGUAGACUUCCCGAGUGCGUAUUUGGACAGUCUCGGCACUUUUGGGGCUACAUUAGAGUUUGUUGUUCGUGAUUGUGAUCCAAAUACAGGAAUCCCGGAUCCUGGAGAAGGUUAUGCGGACACCUAUCCUUUGGAAGAGUUUUAUAUGGGUUGUUCAGACCAGAUUCGCGCGAGGGUUAUGGGCGAUGACUGGGAUCAAACUUGGGAGAGAGCGGCGAAUAUUCUAGAAAUAUCUGACACUUACGCACUCCCUGACCAAGACCCCGGUGCGGCUGCGAAGUCCGUUUGCGAAUAUUUGGGUUUGCCGAAAGCAACUAUUGUCGGGGAUGCGGUAAAGGAGAUAAGAGGCGGGGGUGUGUUCCGGGGCGGUGCUCCUUUCUUGGUGAAAGCCCGGAUCGCGUCGAGUAAUGUCGGUGUCACCAUGUUGAUAGCCGCCAGGUCGCCCAGAGAAGAUGUCGCACAAUUAUUGUUGGCUGCGGUCGGAUAAUUUUGAUUUUGUAUUAAUAUCAUUUAUAUUAGCUGAUAAUAAUCUUACUUAAAUAUACUACAAUUACAAGAAAUGGUGAUAAUGCAAGCGCCGAGGUGGCUAUUUAAGCGCUGGUUACUUUUUUAAAUUUCCUGAGGCGUCUUAUUCUUAUAUUUAUUAAGAUGAUAAUAAAUUCACGGUCGUAACUCACGGAAAUUAUAAUCUAUAAUAGUUUCCAGGUCUUCGGACUCCUUAUUCAAUAGCAAGUUAGUGUAAAGCUGCUUGGCAAACGUUAUAUAUUAUUAUUAUUAUUAUUGUGAAUACCGUUCGAAGCAGUUACAUCGAAAAAUUAUGUAACUACGAGUAUUAUAAGUCAUUCCGAUUUUCAUUUCUAACAGUGCCUAUAAAUACAAUUUGUAAUUGUGGAAAAUAAAGUUAUUAUAUAUAUA